UUCACCACAAGAUGGCGCUCUCGCGCUCGUACUAUAUUUUGUACGUAGUGUGCGGAGGAUUUUGCUGCAGCCGCGGUGCUUCUCUAGCUAUCGGUGAUUCGACAUGUGCGAAUUGAUACCAUUCUCAUUUAAAAGUGAUUGGGUCGUUUUCCAAAAUCUCGGCAUAUCAUUAACCUAAACUAUUUUCUCUUUCGUGCGAUAUGCAGUUUUCCAUGUUUACAUUGAUCCAACCCCUCGCGAGCGACUCAACCCGACAAGGAAUUUCAAAGGUGUUUUCAUGCCAAGACUUCUCGAAUAAAUAAUGGAUGCAUGGAUGCACAACUAAGAUCUGAACUACCAAAUCUCACAUCAGACACUGGCUGACGUAGCUGUCAAACACCUCAGCUGCCAUGUGGUUGUGUCCUGGUUGUCUGUGCUCCUGAUCUUGACCAGUCCCAUUAUCCAGAAUUAAAAAUAAAAUACCAAGAAAGAAACGAAAAGAUUUAUGCUCAUGGUUUGACUGUUUCAUGUUUGUGACUUCUGUGCUUGUCUUUGUGUGUAUUUUGAUUUGUUUUGUUUUUGUGUUCAAUACUCUAUGUGGAUUUUUUUUCCUUCUCUUCUAUUUUUUUUUAUUUUCAUAUAUAUAUUUUUUUCUUGCUGAAGUUUAUCGUUCAUUAUUUUCAAUAGAAUUAUUCAUUAACAAGUGUUUAAUUUACACAAGUUUGUGAGAAAGUAGAAUGAAUUUUAUUUAACAGGAAAAUGGCAAUGGAAGGAAUCACACCAGACCCAGGGAAAUUACUGGCCACUAUCAAAGAAGGAAAAAGUGUUUCCAAAGGGGAAAUGUUGAAGGCAUAUCAUACAGAGAAAGAAAUUCUGCCAGAAGUUGCCAAAAUCUGGGAUGUGAAUGAGCGCACUAUUGUUCGACAAAUAGAGCGACUCAGGGACAAGUUAGCUGCAAUGAAAAAGAAUUUCAACAGGGCAGGAACCAAGGAAAAAAUUGCUGCCUUCAUGGAAGAACCAUAUCCCAUUCCUACUCCUUCAUCCACCCAUCCAACUCUAAAGCCAUUAACAGAUUCAUGUUCCAAUUGUAAGCAACUAUUGAAGAUUUCUGACUCAAAUAAGUUGGACUAUCAAGACAAGCUUGAGCAGAUCACGAAGAACCGUGAUAUAACAACCAAAGAGCUUCGGAAAAAACUAACAAAAGCAAGAGGCCGAGUAAGAGAACUGGCAUCUGAGCUUAGAGAGGGAGGGAGAAAAGACUUGCUAAGGAAAUUUCAAAGAGCUAAGAAGAGUCUGCAGCAUUAUAGAGAGCAGUUCAAAUUAUUGUCGUCGAAAGCCAAAAAGCUAGAAGCAGGGAAAAAAAAUGCUGAGAGGAAAGCAGAAAAGUACAGACAAAAGAACAUCCGCCUACAGAGGAAAUUGUUCUCUACGAUCCGUUCAGGUACAUGUAACUCCGCUUUGCCUCCGCAACAGGAUUCCGAUGUGGUACAUCUUCUUGAAAAAAUUGAAACACUUCAAGAUGAAAUUAAAAGGCUUACUGUUCCAAUUCCCACGAAAGAAGGAAAACAAUUCAACACUAGCGUACGCGAAGCAUCAUUUUAUCUACAGGUUAGUGUUCUUUUUGGUCAUUGAUUCAUUGAUAUAUGAGAAGUGAACCCAAAGAGGUAUAGAGCUUUUUGGAAAUUAAAAAAAAAAUCCUGUCUAUGUCUGAUUUUGCCAACACAUGAUUUUUUCCUUCUAUUUAAAUUCAGAUACAUGUAUGCCAUGAACCAAAAUUCAUUGUGGAAAGGAAAAUGCAUAUUCAAAUUUGAUGCACAAUUGAUUGCCAUUGGAUAUAAAUUCCACUGAAACUGCUCUCAUUCAAGAAUGCAACAUCAUAUUGAAAUAUGUAGAUUAAAAAACUGUCCAUGCAUUUUCUCUUAUUUAUAAAUGAAGAUCCUUCCCUUGACCAUUGACCCCCCCCCCCCCACUUAUAAUCAAAAUUAUACUGUAGAUACUGUAUUGAUCUUUCAUUUUGAAAUGGCAAAGAAAUUUGGUCCUAACUUCUGUCUGCCAGUUAUACUGUAUGCCUAAUUCACCCUAACUUGCAAGUUUGAUAAAAUGAAAACUGAAGUUCAUGCAUCUUUGAAAAGCAAAUUGAAAUAGUUUACAAUUUUCACAUUUAUGAAGUGAAAUUGAUAAUGUAAUUGCUUUGAUUAACCAUUACAAAUGUGCAGAUGUCUAUUUUAUUUUAUUUUAUUUUUUUUUUUUUUGGGGGGGGGUUGUUGUUUAUUUCACUUCCUGAACAUACAUGUAUGAAUGAAAGGGGGAGGGGUGGGGGGGGGGGGAGGUAGUGCAUUGCCAUUGUAAGGUAUUCACCAUAACCAAAAACAGAGGCAUUACUUGUACAGUAAUUAUUCUAAAAUGGGACCCAUUGGAUAGUAUUGUGCCUGUCUUACAAUGACAGCCACCCCACCUUCUGCUGAGUUUGCUCAUGGAACAAUAAGAUUUUUUUUGUACUAAAUUUUCUAAAAUGUUUUUCUAGCAGAUGAAGGAAUUCUAAAUUUUCUUGAAGGUUAUCCAAAACUGCUCACAUGAAGUUGGCUCAUCCAGCCUCUUAGCUAUCCAGUGUCUGAAAUUCAUCAAUUUUCAUUAUCAAAAUUAUGAAAUGCAAUUUUUUUUUAUUUAGUCGUGUGCAUAAUUUUAAAUGCACUUUUAGAAAUCACCAAUAUCCUUUACGUGGAGAUGUAUUACUUUAAUUUUCUAUUUUAUCAGUUCAGAAAUUUCCACUGUAUACAUGCUAAUCUACAUUUUUUUUAAAAUCUUAAAUCUUUACUGUUCAUUAUUACAAUUUUUGUUUUCUUUCUUUUAUCCUUUCUUUGCUUUCUUUUUAUAUAUACUAAUUUCUAUAAGUGAUUUCUAAGUGAAAGUUAUAAUUGUGAGAAAAAAAAUGAAUUGGUUGGAAAAUUAGUUUUGUUUAUCACUCCAUGACAGGACAUCGGUGUUCCAGAGCAUCGGACCAGUGAGGCCAUCAGGAUUGUCAGUGAAACAAUCAAUGGUAGACAAAUAGGGUGCCUUCCUUCUUCAUCCACUCAACAUAGAAUGGCAUCGGAAAUGAAAGUUCUCUCAAAAUCUCAAGUACGGGAAUCACUCAAAGAUAAAAACAAUUUGACAAUAAAAUAUGAUGGUACAACAAAGGGCCGGGUAGGUCAUCUGACCGAGGUAGAAGUUGCUUCAAAAGAAAAAACUUUUCUGGUGGGCGUUUCUCAACAGGUUGGAGGAGCGGCGGAUGAAUAUGUUCGAACGAUUGAAGAAGCGUGCGAUGCCAUCUCUCCAGACAUCUUAUGUAACAAGACAACCAACACAAUGACAGAUAGGUGCAUCACCAAUGAUUCAGUAGACAAGAAACUAGAAAAGGAGAAAAACAUCCACCUAAAUAAAUUUCGAUGUGCAAUGCACCCUCUUGAUACAAUUGCCAAGGAGGUCAACAAAGCCCUAAAAAAAAUGGAUGAUGUGCAUGACAGGACCCGUAAAAUGCCAUUUAACAAAGGUGGGGAAUGUAAUGUCCAAGCAUUCAUUCGUGUUGGCAGCAAGCUUUUCAACAGUGAAAGCUGUGGCGACAGCACAGACCUCAGGUCAUUUUUGAAGGGGAGAGGUCAUCAAAAGGUAUUACCAAGAUGGGUUGGAAACAGAUUUGACAUUUUGUUUUCUUCAGCUGGGCUGCUCUAUCACAUCGGGCCAUCUAUAGUAGAAUAUUUCAGAACUGUGACCAAACCAUCAAAUGAUCUCCAUCGUUCAUUUGUGAAUGCAUGGAAUGAUAAGAACAUCUGCCAUCUUAGGUGCCUUGGACUGAUGGGGCAUUUGGUCACCCACCCAUGGAUGGAAGCUGCAUCACAGGAUCUAAACAUCCUGGAAAUGAAUGCCAACUACCACUCUGCAGUCCAGGUAUUGGAGAGGUGGGCAGGCAAUCCAUCCUCCCUGCUCAGAGACCAGCACACCAUCUUCAGCAGUGACCCAAUGAGGGAUGAUAUCUUCCAAUCAUUGGUGUCUCCUCCAUAUGAAGAUCAAAUGGAAGAACCAAUGAGAGGAAUGCUGAUGGCAGCCCUAGAGGUGACAAAACGGCAGCUCCAGUCACAGUUACCUGGUGGCGUCUUCUGGGAGCCAUCGGUGGAAGUCAGGGAGCAGGCUGCAUCAUGCUCAAGCACAAACAUUAGUGGGGAGCGGAACUUUGCGCGUGUUGAUUCACACCUGCAUCAUGCUAGAAAUAUUUCUGUAGGUAAAUUAGAAUCAAAAGUCAUGUUCAAGUGUAACGACACAGCCACGUGGUUGAAGAGCCAAAGUGAAGAAAGGAGGAAGAGAUUGGUUGGCUCGGCAAUUAAAGCAGGGGUAACUGAGAGGAAAAAGGAAAAGGUGAAAAAGCAGAGGUACAAGGAGCAAGUUCAACAGCGGGUAAGGGAUAAACAACGCAAGCUGUCGGAAAAAGCAGAGAAGGAACGGAACAAGAUAGAGGAACUCAUCGAAAGUGUACUGCAACAUGGACUAUAUGAAGAGCAAAAUCAAUGUGAAUUACUUGAAAACAUAUCUAAAACCAGAGCCAUGGGCAUCCUAAAGAAUCAAAUUAAUUUCAGGAAAAAAAUUUUGUGCCAGGACAUGGGGAAGCACUCGCUAUCGAAAAGUUCCGUGGAGGAAUUGAAGAAUAUUCUUUUCAGUGGUCCACAGCUUGAGGAUGAUGACUUUCUAAAGAAUUUGAGAGAUCCCACCCAAGUCCUUAACAGGAUGUUUGCCCACAAGUGGGAGGAGGAGGGGAAAGAGGUGUGGUAUAAUGGCAGAGUUACGGCAUGGAAGGAGGAAUACGAAGUAAUAUAUGAUGGCAACAGAGAGGUCUUUUUUAUGACGGUGUCCGAAUUUCUGACAGAUGUUCAUCUGGGAGACAUUUGCUUUAUCUCCAUGUAA